AUGUCAUCGCUACCAAAAUUGCGCUCGCGUCAAAAAAAUCAAGAGCAACAGACCGCGGUGGAACCAACAACAGACCCCCAAAAUGCAGCAAUCCCACAAAAGAAUCCACAGUCCACGCAAAAGGCCCAACCUUUGCGUCGGCAGCGAAUCGUGCGUCAACCAAGCCUCUGGGAAAGAAUCUUUAGUGCACCUUUAGAUUAUCUAAUAAUGAUAAUAAACGACUAUGAUUCAUUUGACUGGGAUGCUCUCUUGACAGCUAUCGCGUUAAACUGCAUGCUGAUUAUUGUGAAAAUUUGUUAUCGAUUUGAUCGACCUGAAUUUUCUUCAGAAUAUAAGAGAUUAAUGGAUAAAUCCUCUUACGCGUUAAAAUUGGAAUUAGCUGAAUAUGGGUUUUUGAUGACAAGCAUAAUCAAUUUCAUCUAUCUUGCAGUACAAACUAAAAAGUAUCAGAUGUUUUGCUAUCGGAAGCUGGAACAACCGGCGACUUCAAAUGCACAUUUGGUCAAUUUCAAUAAAGAUACGCCUUCUUGGGCAGAUUCAUAUUGUGGCAGAAUAUUAUAUCCCAUUUGUAGUUAUUUCUUUAAAUCGGAUACUUCUCUUAACCGGAGACAAAUAUGGGAAUUAAAUAUGUGGAAUCCAUCAAGUUUCUCACUACAUUUAUUUUGCUACUUUUCUCCUCCUCAAGUAAUGGUCUUGAUGGGUCUUAAUUCCGAAAAUUGGCAAUAUUAUUUGCCGAUUGCUGCAUUCAUUGCAUUACAGGUGUACGUUCUAGUGAAAAUCUAUACAACUCAUAUCAAAGAUAAGCAAGUUCUAUUUAGUGAAGUAACUUAUGAAUAUGACAAUAAAUUUGUUUAUCCAACCAUCUUCAAGAAAAAGAAUGAUGUGGCAACACAAACGGAUCCACUCAUAGAAUGGGAUAUAGUUCAAUAA